AUGACUUUACGUAAAACAACUAUGAAGUGUUUGCAGAUCAUCUGUCUCUGCUUGAAAUACGAACCGCUUCCCAAAUUUCCUUACAUGAUCCGAUUCCAUGCGGUCUUCUGUAACUCUGAUUUGAAGGAGUUGCCAAGCUUUCUUGAGAGCUGUCCAAAUCUCAAAUCCCUUGUCUUGGAGCUGGAGGAAUACAAGAAGAACGAACCACUUGUUUUCUCAUCGUCAUCAGUUCCAGAAUGUUUAAGAUCAUCGCUAGAGUACGUUGAGCUGAAAACACCCAUAAGUGGAGCUAGAGCGGAAAUGAAACUAGUAAAGUACUUUCUCGAGAAUUCGGCAGUGCUCAAGAAGUUUAAGGUGUGUUUGGGUUAUAGGAGAAUGAACCAAGAGUCAACCAUCUUUAUGGAGCUCCUGAGAUUAAAGAGAUGCUCCGCUUCUUGUGAACUUGUUGUUGAACUUGAAGAGACUUGUCCAAUGUACAUGUUUUUGUGA